AUGUCUAAACCCGGUCCAUCUCAACGUUCAGUGCCGACACCUGUUGAAGAUACCUUCCAGCCUCAGGAUUCACUCGCACCCUCAACCAUCCCGACAUCUCCCAAGAGACGAGGCACCAAUCUGAAGGCGGAUGAACAUGGAGAAACUAAUAUCAAGGUGGUCAUCCGUUGCCGUCGCCGAUCAGACCGCGAAGUGCAGGAAAACUCGCCUAUUAUCGUCAGCUCGCAGGGAGCCCGUAGUCAGGAGCUUUCUAUCGAAACGGCCGCUCCGGUCUCAAGCUUAGGAUUGGUCACACUACCCCCUACUCGAACAUACCCUUUUGACUUGGUAUACGGCCCUGAAGCAGAUCAGGCCAUGGUCUAUCAAGACGUCGUGGCACCGAUGCUGGAGGAGGUGCUGCAGGGGUACAACUGCACGCUAUUUGCAUAUGGUCAGACGGGGACUGGAAAGACGUAUACGAUGCAAGGCGACCUUUCUCCGACGCCUUUGGGCAACCCGUCGCCCCAAGCUGGGAUGAUUCCACGCGUGCUCUUUCGCCUGUUCCAUCAAUUGGAGGCAACGGUGGUGGACUACAGCGUCAAAGUCUCUCUUAUCGAAUUAUACAACGAGGAGCUACGGGAUCUGCUCGCGCCUGAACUCUCCGCGCCUGCUGGAUCUACCCAGCCAAUGGGUCGGGGCACGUCAUCAAAGGAUCUACAGGACGGCGGUCUGAAGAUCUUCGAAGACGCGUCGAAGAAGGGCGUGUUCAUCCAGGGCCUUCAAGAGGUGAACGUGAAGGACGCGAAAGACGCGAUGGCUGUCCUCACGAAGGGCAGUCAACGCAGACAGAUCGCGGCGACAAAGUUCAACGACCAUUCAAGUCGCUCUCAUUCGGUUUUCUCCAUCACAGUACAUACCAAAGAGACCUCAUCGCUCGGCGACGACCUUCUGCGCGUCGGCAAGAUGAACUUGGUCGACCUGGCUGGGUCGGAGAACAUUGGGCGGUCAGGAGCGGAGAACAAGCGGGCGCGCGAGGCCGGCAUGAUUAAUCAAAGCUUGCUCACGCUCGGACGGGUCAUCAAUGCGCUCGUCGACCGCGCAUCCUACGUACCAUAUCGGGAGUCGAAGCUCACACGAUUACUGCAGGAUUCGCUAGGUGGUCGGACAAAGACCUGCAUCGUGGCAACUGUAUCUCCUGCACGCUCCAACAUGGAAGAAACGCUAUCAACCCUCGAUUAUGCCAUGCGCGCCAAGUCGAUACGCAACAAGCCGGAGGUCAACCAGCGGAUGACACGGAACGCGCUGCUGAAGGAGUACGUCGCGGAGAUCGAGAGGCUGAAGGCGGACGUUCUAGCCGCUCGUGAGAAGAAUGGCAUAUUCUUCAGCGAGGAGACGUGGACGCAGAUGAGCGCGGAGCAGGAGCUGGCGAAGACGGAGAUGGAGGAGGCGCGGCGACAGGUCGAAAUGGUGGAAAGUCAGCUCAGGAGCGUGCGCGAAGAGUUCGAGCAGAGCAUGUCUUUGCUCAUGAAGCGGGAAGGAGAAUUGAAGAAGACGCAAGAGACCCUGGAAGGGCGGGAGAAGGAGUUGGAAGUCAGGGGGCGGGAGUUGCGAAAAGUAAAGGGCGCGCUCGAGGAAGAGGUGGUUGUGCGGAAAGCUUACCAGACCAGCGAGACAAGCUUGGAUGGUGUUGCGACCGGGCUCCGGGACGUGGCUCACGAGAGCUUGAGGGAUCUCGCCGCGCUCUUUGACAAACUUGACCGCAAGUCGGGGGUGCUGGGAGCCAAUGCGAAGGUCGUCCUGAGUCACGGCAGGAUCCUCGCUGGGGAUUUGUCAGGCCUUUCAAGCAAGCUUGAAGAAUUCUUCAAGACAUCGACCCAUCAUGCUUUGCAGUUGCGCACGGAAGCCGAACAGUAUCAGCACAAAGAGCAGCAAGUCCUUAAUCAGCACUGCGAUAAGAUAAACGAGCAGCUGAGGAAAGUUCAAGAACUUCUUGGCGUCGUUCAAGCGAAGGAUCAGGUCGUGGGCGAAGCUGUCAGGACCAUACAAACCACGGUGGACGACACGGUGGAAGGCUUGAAGACAGGCUUCGGCUCAUGGGCAGACGGCUUGCGCAAGAAAUGCGAAGCUAUGUGCAGCGACGUCGAAAUCGCCGAUUCUGCUGCACAUGUCGCCGCGGAGAGGGCGCUUAAGUCUACUGCGUCCUUGAUUGACACCAUCAUACGGGAGGCGCAGCAGUUCAUUGAGGACGAGCGCAAAUCGGCCUUGGCUGCUAAGAACAUGACAGAUACCGUCGUCAACGCGGAAGUACUACGGUUACGAGAGCAAAACGCUCUCCUGGUGCAGCUGCUUGACACGCAGAAGGUCGAUGCUGAACGGGCACGGGAUGAUUUGCUGCAACGCGUCUCGGGCCUUUUGGGAGAGUUUACCGCCGAGCGGGAUCGUAGCUUGCGCGAGACCUUCAAGGUCAUCCAUGACAGCAACGACGUGGCAGAGCAAAACAUGUCGGAAUUCACCCAAGCACAUUCGAAAGGGAUCGCCCAGAUGACGGAGAGGGGGAAGACAUGGUCCGAGUCACUGGAGAAACGCUCCGGAGAAGGCAAGAGGACUCGAGACGGCGUACUCAAAUCGCUGGUCGCAUCGCACAGCGCGGUCAAAGACGGAGCUGCUGCAAUUCGGGAUCAAGUGUCGGCCUCUGUUGCGAGCUAUUCAACCGAUAUCCAACGAAGUACGCAAGCUUUGAACACUGCUUGUGCUGGAGCCCAUGACCGGUUCAACCGAGCAAAGCGCGCACGGUUGGAUGCUACAAACCAGAUAGCAGCCGACGCGCAGUCCGGGUAUCGCACACUUCAGCAAGGGAUGACGUCCACAUCCAAGAACAUCGGGGCGGCGAUGGGCAAGGUCAUCUCCGAGGGCAAUACGCUCUACAACAUGACGGAGUCAUUCCACUCAAGCGCAACUUCGUACGUCUCGUCGGCGAGGCAGGCUACGCAGGCCAUCGUCGAACAAGGGACAAGAGAAGACAGGCCAACAGGAGCUACACCCUCAAAGCGCAGUUGGAAAUACGUCGAUCGGUGGGAGCUGGCGAAGCCUCGGGACGCUCUGUUGCGCGACUGGCGCCAGAACGGCAGCUCUUCGGUUGGAGACGAAACCUUCACCGCCGAGCAUUUGCCGCUCCCUGACGACGAAGAGGACGUCGAUGUCGCUGAUGAGGCGCCUUUCUCCCUGCUCGACGAGGACACUCCUAUAGCCGUGCGGGUGGAAACCACGCCAAUAUCGCCUCCUCUCGAAGAGAUGCCCAGUUCGCCACCAAGGCAGGAGGUCCUGGCAGAAGAGGCGCCGUCAUCACUGCUUAACGAGGACAUGUCUCCUGCUUUGGCAUCCUCGGUGUCCUCUGUGUCUUCGGCAUCAACUAUAGCACCUCCAGUGGUACCAUUGAAGAAGAUUGUUGGAAAGCUAUCCAAAUCGGGCUUACCCAAGAUGGGAACCUUGAGGGAACGGUCCUCGAACGUUCCUGCGCGGAGCAGACGUGUGCGAUAGACACAUCCCUGGUAUCCAUACUCACCAUCUAUCCUUAUUAUACUGUACCUGUAGACAUCCUGCUAUUAUGAUGUACAUAUCUAUACAAUCAAC